AGGAUUGGGAAGGGUAUGCGGUGCGUUUCCAAUUGGUAGAAGGCGUCAAGUGGCUAGGUGGGUCGGCGUGGGCCUGGUGUACACUCUCUUUGGAGACACUGCGCUGACCCGCCGGAAGUGGUUACUUUCGUUGCCCCGGAAGAGACGGCGGCGGGCGGCUGGGGCCCGCGGGGGGGGGGACGGCCCUGGGAGCAGGGGCUGUGGCGGUGAGCGGGGACCGAGCUGCGGCCGCUGCAGAACUGACAAGAAGGUGUUUUGUUAAAAUUCCUGUGGACACAAUAUAAUUUCAUAAGGAGAUAAUGGAUGGAGAAGAGAAAACCUACGGCGGGUGUGAGGGCCCAGAUGCAAUGUAUGUGAAGUUGAUAUCUUCUGAUGGUCAUGAAUUUAUUGUAAAAAGGGAGCAUGCUUUAACAUCAGGAACAAUAAAAGCCAUGCUAAGUGGCCCAGGUCAGUUUGCUGAAAAUGAAACCAAUGAGGUUAAUUUUAGAGAAAUUCCAUCACAUGUGCUAUCGAAAGUAUGCAUGUAUUUUACCUACAAGGUUCGCUACACUAACAGCUCUACAGAGAUUCCUGAAUUCCCAAUUGCACCUGAAAUUGCACUGGAAUUACUGAUGGCUGCGAACUUCCUAGAUUGUUAAAUAAAAUAAAUUAUAAUAAACUGUUAACUUUUUCAGUAUUUAAUACCUGUAGUUCAGUUAGUAACUUUUUUCAUAUAGCAUGUUGUGUGUGGUGGGGGGUGGGGGUGGUUGAGAACUGUAAAGUUCAUUGCAAAGCAGAUACCUUCAGUUGUUUUGCAUAGCAAUCAGAGUUUAAAUUUGUUUUGCAACUUAAAUAAAGACAUUUUCGCUAAAUGAGAAAUAAAUAUGCCAAUUAGUAGAUGGCUAUGCCUUAUCCUUUAGAUUUGGUUCUAAAUAUUAGAACAAUGAUUAUAAGUAAGUACUGAAAUUUAGGCAAAUACUACAGGUUUAUACUGGCUAAGUAUUUUUAAGGUUUGGGGCUUUUUUUGGACAGGUUCUCUUGAACCUACCAUGUCAUAGCUGUCUAGCUUUAUUAGUUUAUGCAACUAUUUUGCAUUGUCAGCUUCUGUUUAUAAAUAUGGCUUGGCCAAAACGUUAAUUUUUUAAUAACUUGAAUACAUAAGAAUUGAUCUUAUGUGUCUUUUGAUAAACUGUAGUCGUGUUAGCACAUCAAAGUAUAUCUGCUUAUCUGUUUUUGUCGUACAUCUUAAGUGGUAUCUUUCUUUUAAGAUCAUUAUGGAAGAUUGUUAGGUAUAGCUUUUGCAAUAGUGAAUUUUUAAGAACUUUCGCCAAGUUGUCAAUAAGUAACCACAGUACAAGAUAGCUUUGGCUCUGAAAACUUGGGGAUAGUCAUACGAUAUCCUUUUUGAACAAUCCAAAGUACUGUACUUAAUCAUCUAGCUAAGAAAGCUUCCUUUGCUUACUUUUCACUUACAUUAAUAAAAGCGCUACUUAAAUAUACUCAUA